AUGUCACUGGUGUAUGCUUCUACCGCACAGGAUGCAGCAUGCCACCGCGGGCAGGGCCCAGCUGGCCUAUAUGGCGCCGAGACGAGCGAGUGUGACAGUCCCGUGGCACUCAUCAAUCGAACAAUGGAAUGGAUACACGACGAGCUGAAGGACAAGAUCGAUUUCGUAAUCUGGACUGGCGAUUCUGCACGACAUGAUAACGAUGAAGAGAUACCGCGAAAUGCCGAGCAAGUUGUGGGAUUCAACGAAUUCAUGGUUCAAAAGAUGUAUGAAGUGUUUGGGAAGCAUAACGGCGACGAAGACGACGACGACCCGAAUAAUGAUUUUGUGAUACCGAUAGUUCCGUCGUUCGGCAACAAUGAUAUCCUUCCGCAUAAUGUCAUGACUCGAGGACCGAACACGUGGACAAGGACAUAUGCAAGAGUAUGGCGACAAUUCAUUCCGGAGGCACAGAAGCAUCAGUUUGAACAAGGCGGCUGGUUUUACGUUGAGGUCAUACCAAAUGAGCUUGCGGUCUUCAGCUUGAACAGUCUUUUCUGGGCUAGUAACAAUGCUGCAGUCGAUGGUUGUGCGGCGCCACGAGAACCAGGUUAUCAGCAACUGGAGUGGCUGCGCAUUCAACUGCAGUUCAUGAGAGACAGAGGUGUCAAGGCGAUUCUGACCGCCCAUCAGCCACCAAUCAGGCAAAGUGCAAAGGAGCUUUGGGAUGAGACUUGCUGGCAGAAGUACGCGCUUUGGUUGCGACAGUAUCGUGAUGUGAUCGUGAGCAGCCACUUUGGUCAUUUUAACUUUGAUCACUUUCUGCUUCAGGACUUCAAGGAUCUUGACAAGGAUACUAAGAAUGGUCGCAUGAACUAUUAUCAUGCUGAAAGUGGUGACGAUUUCGAGACCGUGGUGUCGUCGGACUACUGGAUGCAGCUCAGGGAUCAGUGGUCUGAGCUUCCGAAACCCCCAAAGUCAAUGAGGGUGAGUGAGCUGAGCGAAGGGGAUGACGGAGAGGAUAGUUCGGACGGGACGUCGCUCAAGAAGGGCAAAGACAGUAAAAAGGAGAAAGCCAGGAAGGAACGCAAGAAAUAUCUGAAGAAGAUGGGUGGCCAGCACGCCGAGCGCUUCUCAGCCUCCUUUAUUUCCGCCAGUAUUGUGCCCAAUCUGUUCCCAACACUGCGCAUAUUCGAGUACAAUAUUACUGGACUGGACAAGCACAAGACCUACGGAUCUGAGUCAGUACCCCCGGCAGCAUAUGUGAGUACGUCUGAGUACGAUGUUGAUAAGACACGCAAGAAGAAGAAGAAGGAGAGGAAGCACAAGUUCACUAUACCGGAACCUCCAUCGAAGUCCGCAGGACCCGGCCCAGCAUACUCGCCGCAAAGCUUGUCCCUGCUGAAGUACACACAAUACUUUGCGAACAUUACGCACAUCAACAAUGAUUUCCACAGUGACUCGGACGCCCAGAAGUGGAAGGACGGCAAGCACGCAGGCAGAAAGCCGCAUAACAAGGACCACGAACCACAACCAAAGAAGUUCAAGUUUGAAGUGCUUUACGAUACUCAGGACGAUAAGGUGUACAAGUUGAAAGAUUUGACCAUGCCUAAUCUCGUGGACCUCGCACGCCGUAUCGGCAACUUCAAGCCUGCAACGGUCAAGCUCGUCGACGAGGAAAUGGAUGACUUCAGCUCAGAGGACUUAGAAGCCGUGAAGAAGGGUCAUAAGAAGCGAAAGCAUCAUCGCAAGCACGGCAAGAGUGCUAGACGAACGAAGCAGAAUAUGCCAUGGUAUACGUUCAUGGAUCGAGCAUUCGUGGCGACAAAGACGUCUGACGAGCUGGAGGAGGAAUUUGGUUAUUGA